CCCGACCCGAUUCCCGAGCCUUUGAGAUUCUAGUACCGAUAGGCUAAUACCUCCAACUCCAAGCUUUCAAAAUUCAAAAAACAGACCGUUGGGAUUAUAUAUUUGCAUUUGUGAUCAAGAGCAGAAGAAAAUACUGAAGUCCGGCCAUGAAGCUUAAUCGAGCAACAACAACAAAUCUUUGAAAUUUAUCAAUCUCUGAUUAGAUUACAAUUCAAAAGGAUCCAAAUUUGCAAGCUACGGAUGAACGCCAGACGCCAUGGUUGGCAACGUCCUCUCCAUCCUUUACAGAUGGUGGGAAUGGGCAUCUACAUUUUCUUGGUUGCGUCUUUCUACAUCUUUCUGGGACCUUUGCUCGGCAAUCGUAUUGCUGAAAUUGUUGUCAUUUCGAUCUUUUCUGCUGUGGCAUUUGCAGUUAUGGUUUUGUUUGUUAGAUGCACAGCAACAAACCCAUCUUCUAAGAACAAUACCCACAAAAGGAAAGUGAAGUAUAAAGCUAAAAUAGUGAAGAAAUUAAAUUAUGGGUUCAUUUUAAAACAGAUGAUUAUUAGGUGUUUUAGGAGGGUUGAACGUAAAAUCCUUAAGAGUUGUAUAAGGAGAAAGUAUUUAGUAGAUCCACGGAUAGCAAAUGGGCAUGUUCUUUUGGACCCUCUGAUUCCAUUUCCUUUACCACCUCUUGUGACUAAAGAAGAUGAUGAUUCAGUUGCGCCUGAUUGUGACAAGGAAGAUGAUUUUUCCUUUUGUUCUUUGUGCAAUUUUCACGUCAAGAAACCUAGCAAACAUUGUCGGACUUGUAAUCGUUGCGUUGAAGGAUUCGAUCAUCAUUGUCGGUGGCUUAACAAUUGUGUAGGGAAAAAGAAUUAUACAACAUUCAUCCUACUUAUGGUAUUUGUCUUGUUAAUGCUUUUUAUGGAAGGAGGAACAGCUAUUGCCAUAUUUGUUCGGUGCUUUGCUGAUAAGAAAAAAAUGGACGAGGAUUUAACAAAGCAAUUUCAUUCCAAGUUUCCCAGGGGAAUUCUCGCUGCAAUAUCUGUUAUGCUGGUUUUGUUUACAGCCUAUGGUGCAGCAGCUCUUGGGCAACUCUUUUUCUUUCAUCUGGUCCUUAUUCGCAAGGGAAUGAGAACAUAUGAUUACAUACUGGCUAUGAGAGAAGAGAAUCAUUUCAGUAGUUUGGACCCUUUGAAUGAUUCAGAUUUCUCGUCAGAUGAUAGCAGUGAACCAGCUUCACCAAAAAGACCGACCAUCAAGUUUCAGUUCAUGUGUAAAGGACAGAACACAGAUUCGAGUCCAGGACGAUUAACUGUAAAAAUAGAUCCAAAAUCUGGCACUUCGAUCAUGAACCAGAACCUACACUAUCAUGCCAGCAUCGAUCCAUGGAAACUGAUACAUAUGAGCAAAGAAAAAGCCAUGAACGCUGCAGAGAAAGCCAAAGAGAAACAAAAGGUCGAGCAUGAGUUGCUUAAUCCACUUCCUUUCGAGAUGAAAAAUGGGCUACUGAUGAAACCAGAACGAGAUAUGGAAAAUCCAGGAUUGGGAAUGAGCCCUCACGUUUCAAAAGCAAGUCUUCCAGGUUCACCGAGGACAUUCUCCAGCCCAAGAAGACGGUUUUCUGGCUCUCAAGCGACUUUGUCUAACGUGGGUGCACUGCAAAAUCAGAAAUACAGAAGUAGUUUCGACUUAAAUUUAACAGAAGUGUCAAGGGAACUUGAAGAUCAUAUAUCAAAGCAGGCAUUGUUUUCUGUUCUUAAAGACAGGACUGAAGCAUCCCCAAAAUACUAGUACUGUAUCAUACUUGUAUUCUCAGUCUUUGAGAACUUUUUUCAUAGAUAUUUAUUUAUUAUCAUUCAUUUACCAAAUGCAAUUCUUUAAUUAUGUUCAUGGUUUGGUCAUUUUAUUGUUUUGAAUACUUUUCAUAUUGGGUAGUAUCCCAUUGCUUUCUUGCUUACAAAUAGAAGAUUAUGACAGCUAUGAAA